AUGGGGAAGCCAUUUAAGGAAAAGACACUGAAAAGAAGGAAUGGCAGAAAGUCAAAAUCUCCUCAGAAAGUGCCGAUUGUGAUUCAGGACGACAGCCUUCCUGCAGGUCCUCCCCCGCAGAUCCGCAUCUUGAAGAGGCCGACGACCAACGGUGCUCUUAGCGGUCCCAACUCACCCAGCAGGCCGGCCUUCCCUGUGAAAUCCUUGGCACAGAGGGAGGCGGAGUACGCGGAAGCCAGGAAACGAAUAUUGGGCAGCGCGAGCCCUGAAGAGGAGCAGGAGAAACCCAUUCUAGAUAGGCCGACGAGGAUCUCCCAACCGGAAGACACCCGACAGACCAAUAAUGUGAUCAGGCAGCCGCUGGGUCCCGAUGGCUCACAAGGCUUCAAGCAACGCAGAUAA